AUGGCAGUGCGCUCAGCACGACAUGCCGCUUUCGAUUGGCUUUUCAAGCAGACAUUCGGGGAGAGAAUCAUUGGUGGCUUUCGAGCGGCUGGUUACUGUAGGCCGUCGGGGCGACUUUUUUUUUCGAGUACGGCCUCAGUGUGGGUGGCGACAAUACGUCUGAGUGCUUACAGUAAUCAGCUAUUGUACUGCAGCGAAACGUCAUUUUUGUUGCUGCGAACACUUUUUUUUCUGGUUAUCAAUUUUUUAAGAGUAUGGAAAGGCUCGCAGCUCAUAGCGCAUCGCCAUUUCCCGCUCUGGGCGUAG